AAGUUGAAACAUUUGAAAACUUUAAGGAAAUCUGAACUAAUAGAACUAAUAGAAAAUUGUCGGCGUCACCAGCCCUAAAUUCCAUUUCCGCCGCCACGAAGAACACCACCAGAAGCCGUUCGACCCCCAUUCCGUCCGAUAAUCGCCGCCGCUGUACGCGCGAGCCGCAUUUAUUGCCAUUCCGGCCGCUAUAGCGGCGUUCCGAUUAGGUAGCUGAGCCAGUUGGAGAAGGGGAAAUAUGCCUCUCUAUGACUGCAUGCUUUUGUUGAAACCCAAUAUAACAAAGGAAGUCGUUAUGGAUUUGGUUGCACGGGUCGGAAAACACGUGUACCAAAGGAAUGGAGUGCUGACUGAUAUGAAGUCCUUUGGAAAAGUUCAACUUGGUUAUGGAAUAAAGAAACUAGAUGGACGAUACUAUCAGGCCCAACUUAUGCAGAUGACAAUGAUGACACCACCCAGCUUUAAGAGUGAGCUGUCUUACUUGAACAAGGAAGACCGUUUGCUUCGUUGGCUUUUGGUUAAACACCGCUCGACAAAAUUUGGAACUGAUCUUUUUGGGGAUGAUGAUUCUCUGCGCGAGCUAAGGGGUUUCAGGCGUAAUUUAUUCGAUGAUGAUAACAUUGAAGAGGAUGAUGAUGAUGAAGACGAUGAUGAUGACUCUGAAGGGGAUGGCCAUUAAAAACUAAGGAUGAUUCGGCUACACAAAGAAGCACGUCUGUCUGAGUAAUAAUUUUUUCGCUUUUUCUUUGUUUCCUAAUGCUGCAGUUAGUUGCAAUUGAAAUCAUGUUUCGGUAAGAUGCUUAAAAUCCGAGUAUUUCUGGUGCUAUAUUUCUUUUGCCUGUUAUUUGAGGAACGCUGUUCAAUUAUCGAAGGAACUUAUUUGAGUUAUCGUUUC